CUUAUCUGACUGGCUGUGCAUCUCCAGCUGUCCUUUCAGUGUUGAAAUGAGGGUGUGGUGAAAGAAGGAAGGUAAUUAGCAGGAAAACUUCUCUUCCAGCUUUAUUUGAGCACAUCUGCUGCCAUCAGGAUCACAACCUACAAAAACAGAUGGCGUACUCCACACAAACACUAGCUGCAGGCUGCUUUGGGAAAAUAUACAAGGAGAAAUAUGGAGACGCAUGGGCUGCUCUCAAGAGAGUUCCUCUGGGCCUCAUCAGCAAACAACAGCUGGAUAGAGAAUGCAGAGUAUAUCAUAAUGCUCGGCAUCCAAACAUAUUGAAGCUUCUCGGCGAUCCUUGGCUGAAAGACUCCAAGUGGAACAUUCCUUUAGAGUUCAUCUUUGGGGAAGACCUUGAGACGACCAUCUUCAAAGUACAGCUUUCUAAAAUACAGCUGACUCCGGCUGUGAGAGCUACAAUCAUCACUGGUAUGUGUGAAGGUUUGCUUCAUCUGCAUAGUAAAGACAUCGUCCAUCAGGACCUCAAACCUGAUAACGUCAUGGUGGAACAUCAAACUCACCGUGCUGUGAUCAUUGAUUUGGGACUGGCGAAAUUCUCCCGCAAUGGACUCUCAUCCGCAGUAAACUUGGGGAACGAAGCGUACUCAGCUCCAGAGAUCCUGCAGUUGAACGGAGUGCGUGACAAGCGCUCAGACGUUUGGGCCAUGGGCAAAAUCAUAGCUGAACUCUGCGCCAGGAUCAGAUUGCCCACCCAAUCUGUGUCAGUCCUCAAAAUUCGUGAAACCCUCAAAGACCAGCCAUACUGUACUCCAGUGUCCAGGAUGGCGGAAGUCAACCCCAACUACAGAGCUUCUAUGGCUGGAGUCAUUGCAGAAAUCAGGAGAGCUGGAGCCAUUCAACAAAUAGACGGCAGACCUAAAGACAUUACAAGAGACAUCCCAAGAGACAUUACAAGAGACAUCCCAAAAGACAUUACAAGAGAGAUCCCAAGAGAUAUUACAAGAGAUUUUACUAGAGAUAUUACUAGAGACAUUCCAAGAGAGAUCCCAAUGGCAAAUCAGAAGUGGAGUCCUCUUCCUCCUAAGAUGGAGUUAAAUAAACCUAAUUUGUAUUAUCGGCAGGACCCACCUCAGCAGAGAGAUUUUGGAAAGGCAUUGGUCCCGGGUAAAAAUGAGGCGUUAAACAAGCAGUUCUCACUGAUGUCCUUUCCAUGUCCUCUCCCAGAAACUGGAAAAGUGACUCAGGAGCGCUACAAUGAGGAGAAAGGAGCCCUAGAAUAUAAAGAGAUCGUCACGAAGGGAGGAAAAAUCGUCAAAUAUGAGAAAGUACAAAUAACUAAAUAGAGUUUGUGUUCCUGAAAAAGGUGGCUGUACAGUACAUAUUUUACAGUGGUGGUGCUUUAAAAAAAACUCCACAUUG